AUGAAAAAUGCAAAGCGUCCGCUUACAGAUGUAAUGAAAGCACGACUCCUCUCUCGUUUUCGCAGCACAUUGGCUGAAUCGAGUGCUCCGAAGCGACGCGGUAAGGAACGGGCAGCCCCUAAGACGAAGCGACUUUCCGUACUUAAAAGGGGCAUUGUCAAUGAUCGGAAAGUCAGGCGUGAGCUACAGCAAUUGCUCAAAUCCAAUGAAGCACCACCAGUGGCUAAAGAAACGCCAACAAAAGUUUUGAACAUCGCUCCACCUCGUAUUCCAGAACUGGAUUCUCAAAUCGAGCAGUUACUAAAACCACUCGCAGAGUUUCACGAUCGUGCCUACAAGCAGACUGCUAACCAGCCCGCGAAAAGAAAGAGUACUAGACGGAUCAUCUGUGGUUUUCACGAGGCUAUCAAAAAUCUAAAGCUGAACAAGCUAAAAUUUUUAAUAGUUGCAAGUGAUCUCGAGAAGGGGGCCUAUCAAAUCGGUGCGUGUUGGAUUUUUUUUUCCGUUAACUAA